UGGUUCUUAAGAUAUCCCUCAGCGUGGCUCGCCCAAUGGAGGGCCCGGCCGCUCCGCCCCUUCCCUGCCCCCUGAGGAGAGCCCGCCCCUGCCCGGCGCCUGGGAGCGGAGGAGAGUAAAUACAACAGGAGCGCAAAAUGGCGGAACCGCCGAGCCUAGUGCACUGCGCCCCGGCCGCCGUCUCGGAGAAAGAACCGUUUUCCAAGCUGCAGCCCCCCUCCCGGGACCCGCCGGGUCCUCUGUCUGCCAAGAAGAUCCGGACUGAGGAGAAGAAGACGCCGCGGAGACUGAACGGAGAAGGAGGCAGCGGCGGCAACAGCAGGCAGCUGCAGUCUUCCGCGGCACCUUCGCCUCAGAGCUAUGGCAGCCCUGGGUCUUGGAGCUUCGCCGCUCUGUCUGCUGCCCCCUCCCCGUCCUCUGCUCGGAGCAAUUUCUCUUUCUCCGCUGGCACGGCCGUCCCCUCCUCAGCCUCUGCUUCCUCGUCCCAGCCGGUGCCGCGCAAACUGCUGGUCCCUCCUACGCUGCUGCACGCUCAGCCUCACCAUCUCCUGCUGCCGGCCGCCGCCUCCUCAGCCAACGCCAAGCCGCGCAGACCCAAGGAGAAGCGAGAGAAGGAAAGGAGGAGGCACGGCCUCGGCGGGGCAGGCGAGGCCGGCGGGGCAGCCCGCGAGGAGAAUGGGGAGAUGAAGCCGCUGCCGAGAGAUAAAAUCAAAGACAAAAUUAAAGAAAGGGAUAAAGAAAAGGAAAGAGAAAAAAAGAAGCAUAAAAUAAUGAAUGAGAUCAAGAAAGAAAAUGGAGAAGUAAAGAUUUUGCUGAAAAGUGGGAAGGAGAAACCAAAAACAAGUGUAGAAGACUUACAAAUUAAGAAGGCAAAGAAGAAGAAGAAAAAGAAACACAAAGAGAAUGAAAAACGGAAGCGUCCAAAAAUGUAUAGCAAAUCUAUUCAAACCAUCUGCUCAGGAUUGCUGUCUGAUGUUGAAGAUCAAGAAGCCAAAGGCAUCCUAAGUGAUAACAUAAAGGAUUACAGUGGAAAGAAUUUGGAUACCAAGAACUAUGAUUCCAAAAUUCCAGAGAACAGUGAGUUUCCAUUUGUCUCAUUAAAGGAGCCACGGGUUCAGAACAACCUCAAAAGGUUGGACACUUUGGAGUUCAAACAGCUCAUUCAUAUUGAGCACCAGCCUAAUGGAGGUGCAUCAGUUAUCCACGCCUACAGCAAUGAACUCUCCCACCUGUCUCCUGUGGAGAUGGAGAGGUUUGCAGAAGAGUUUGUGGGUCUGGUGUUCAGUGAAAACGAGAACUCUGCAGCUUUCUAUGUAAUGGGUAUUGUUCAUGGGGCAGCUACUUAUUUACCUGAUUUUUUAGACUACUUUUCAUUUAAUUUUCCCAAUUCACCAGUGAAAAUGGAGAUAUUGGGAAAGAAGGAUAUAGAGACAACAACUAUGUCCAAUUUUCAUGCUCAGGUAAAAAGAACGUAUUCUCACGGUACUUAUAGAGCUGGCCCAAUGCGACAGAUCAGCUUGGUGGGAGCAGUAGAUGAAGAAGUGGGAGAUUACUUCCCUGAGUUCCUUGACAUGUUGGAAGAUUCACCAUUUUUAAAAUGUACACUGCCAUGGGGGACACUAUCUAGUCUAAAAUUAGAGAGUCGAAAAGAUAGUGAUGAUGGUCCCAUCAUGUGGGUACGCCCGGGAGAACAAAUGAUCCCUGUGGCUGAUAUGCCAAAGUCACCUUUCAAAAGGAAAAGAACUACCAAUGAGAUAAAAAACCUGCAGUACCUACCUCGAACUAGUGAGCCUCGUGAGAUGCUCUUUGAAGACAGAACAAGAGCUCAUGCAGAUCAUAUAGGACAAGGUUUUGAACGACAGACUACAGCUGCUGUUGGAGUGUUGAAGGCUGUGCACUGUGGAGAGUGGCCUGAUCAACCCCGAAUAACCAAAGAUGUAAUUUGUUUUCAUGCUGAAGAUUUCUUAGAAGUAGUUCAACGAAUGCAGUUAGAUUUACAUGAACCUCCACUGUCCCAGUGUGUCCAGUGGGUUGAUGAUGCAAAACUUAAUCAACUGAGGAGGGAAGGCAUUCGCUAUGCCAGGAUUCAGCUGUAUGAUAAUGACAUUUAUUUUAUUCCAAGGAAUGUUGUUCAUCAGUUCAAGACAGUUUCAGCUGUAUGCAGUUUAGCAUGGCAUGUUCGUCUCAAGUUAUAUCACUCAGAGGAGGACACUGCUCAGAAUACAGUUACUCAUGAAAUAUGUACAUCACCAGAUUCCACAUCAUCAGUUCUUGGACCUCACACUGACAACAUGAUUUGUGCUAUAAGCAAAACCUCCUUGGAUUCUGUUUUUUCAGACAAACUUCAUUCUAAAUAUGAAUUACAGCAGAUUAAACAUGAACCUAUUGCAACUGUAAGAAUCAAGGAAGAACCUGUGAAUGUUUAUAUUCCUGAAAAGACUGGAGCACCAAAUAAUAUGGAUGGCAAGAAUGUUAAAGCAAAAUUGGAUCAUGUUCAAUUUACAGAAUUUAAGAUUGAUGUGGACUCUAAAUUUGAAAAUAGCAACAAAGAUUUAAAGGAAGAAAUGUGUCCUGGAAGUCUCAUAAGCCUAGUUGAUACAAGGCAACAUAGUUCAACACAUUCAAAUCAAGAGAGAAAAGAUGAUAACAUUUUGUGCUAAAUUUGUAUAUACGAUUUAAUAUUGUUUUUUUCUUAAACUUAAUAAUGUAAUAAAGAUUCGUGAAUUCUGAAAGCAAGCCAAGAACUUGCUCCCAAGUCUGUUACAAAUUAUAGUUUAUGUAGCUUUGUAACAUUCCUCAGUGCCUGUCCAUAACUGUGAAGUAUCAAAGCAUUUAGGGCCAGAUGCACUGUAAACAUUGCAGGUUUAAACAAAAGGAGUCUUUAAAAAAAUCAUUUGAGUUGGAGUUGUAGGUUUUAGAAUAGAGCUGACAUUAACAUAUAUAUAUAUAUAUAUAUAUAUAUAUUUUGUAAUAUGAGCCAGAAUUCUUUUUUGACAAUUUAAGGCUUUUCCAUAGAGCUUAUUUAUACCGAUUUUUUCUUCAUUUUAAAUGUGUCAGCACUGUAGUGUAAAUAGCUUUAAAAAAACCUUUUUAGUGUGAUUUAUACUGAAAUGUGAGCCACUUAAUAAAGGUUCAUAAUAAUAUGUUUUCUGUUGGGUCUGCAAAAAAACCCCACCAAACUGACAAUUCAGUUAAAUCAUUUAUUUGAUCUAUUAUGUUUCUGCUGGUAUAUCCACUUAGAGUGCUAAUGGAGUGCAAAUGUAUGUAUUCAAAUCUUGUGAAUAUUUAAAUUCCCCACACUGUGCAAGCAUUUUUAAAACCAAGAUUCAGUUAUGAAAGCAUAUUUAUAUGUGUGUGUGUAUGUAUGGGAAUAUAUAUAUAUGUUAUCGUAUUUUGCAUAACUUCUUAAAUUGCUGAAUAAGAUGAAUAUGUGAAACUUCCUAUGCUCCCUGGAAUACAUUUUUAAAUAUUUAUAUUCAACAUUAAGAGAGCAGCUUAGGUAAUAGAAUCAAUUUUAUAAGUUGGGAGAAACAAGGUCUGUUAGUGAUAUUUAACCCUUUAACUAAUGAAGUUAUGUGACCUGAUUAUAUAGCCUUAUAACGUGAAUUUUCUUUGUAGUGUAUGGAAUAAGAAGUUGAGAAAAUUUUCUUGCUAAUCAGCACCCAUACUAUACCUAAUAGUAGCUGAGAAAAAAUGUUCAGUUACAGAAAGUUUAAUUCUGAGCAGUUAAAAUCCUCUAUUACAUUUUUCUUGAGGAACAGAAGGAAAAUAUGGCAAAUACAAAAUAUUAAAAUAAGGGCAGUGACUCAACUGCCAUAUAUAAAGAGAUAACUAACAAAAUAAGAUCUGUUACCUCAUCUUUCUAAGCAUCCCUCUCCCUACCCUAGCAAGGUAAACAACUUAGAGUAUUUUUUUCUUUUUUCAAAAGAAGCUCUAGAAAGUAAAAUUGGAAUAGGAAACAGGAUUGCCAGUGCCUAGCUAAAGAUGAUUAAAACAAAUCUCUUCAAUAAUGGACUUCAGCACCGUUUCAGAUUGCUUCAACUACCAUAAUUAAAAGUCAAACAAAUGUCUUCAGUGUAUGCUUUGAUGUUAGGAACUAUGCUGGUUGCAAAUCUAUUUUCUUUUACUUGAAUUUGGUAUUUUUCUGGGCUCAUACUUUGGUUGAUUACUUUCAAAUGGGGUUCUUUGUGCUGCCUUUUGAGCUAGUGUUGCUAUUCCACUUUGAGUGGUUUCUACUCCAGCCUCAUUUGUGGUACCCAUAAAACUACUUAUCUCUCUGGUCAGGGAGAAGCUUACUCAGAGGCAUUUCAUUAGGAAAAAUAAACUGCAGCAUUGAUGUCAUUUCUGGCCUCCAGUUUAAAAGGGUAGGCAAAUAUUGUAAGGAAAUCUCAGUGGUUAGUAGAAAAUCAGUAUAUUUGCAACAUAGGAAUUUUCAUGACGUAAGGAAAGUAUAAAUCAUGCAAAUGUAAAUAGGGAUUUUGUUUUAUAUAUUACUUAACAUGCUCCUCACCACCUUUAUCUUCUAUUUUUAGCUAAAUUUAUGUAUUUUCACCUACCUUUUUGGGAGACAAAAGUUUAUAACAAACCAGUAUUGAAAAUUGAGAGAGAAUGUGGUAAAAAUGUUUAGGUUUUUCUUUCUUUAAGUGAAGGGUAACAUAUUUAACAAGGUUCGUUUUAGCUUCAGUUUUCCAGGGUCAUACACAUAGAUGCAUGAGACCAUACUGCAAUAAAAUGUCUUUAGGGUAUCCCUGCAAAAUAUAUGAGCCUUAAACUUUUAACUUAAAGACAUACCUAAAACAACCAGAGUGGUUGCUUUUAAGUGUAGUUUCCUAUAUAACCUAUAGUCAACCUUCUCCAUAUUUUGAAAUUUUAAUUGUUUGUAAAAUGCAUACAUCUCUGUGGAGGUGAAAUACAAGUUAGUGAACACAGAUUUCAAGAUACAGCCUUGUCACCCUGAGUAAUGCUUACGUUCCUGUCUUAUGGGUUAUAAUUUAAAAAUUCUCUUCAGAUGCAAUCUGAGAAGUUGUUGGCUACGUUUGUUACAUACAAAUAAUUUUUAUUUCAAUAUUGUAUUAUAUUAAUGGUUUCCUAGUUAGUACAUUCCAGUUCUUAUCUGAACACAACUUUUUUUCUGUUAUUUCCAGUUUCUUGGACCAGAAUAAUGAAGCACUUAAGAUACAGUUUAUGUGAACUUAUACUAUAUAGAAUAAAUAGUUGUUAUGUAAAUUAUUAAAUUGCCAUACAGACCUUUACAAAAAAAAAAAAACUAAGGUACCUCAGUGGUGUCUGCUACAGUGAUUUUUUUCUUUUUAAUUAUUUUUGUUCAUAUCCUUUUAGCUAAGUAAUAUAUUCCAUACUCAGGUUAGCUGGUUAGCUAUCAAAAGAAUUAAGCAUUUGUGAUAUUUGGUUGAAAACUUUACUAAAGCCAUAUUCAUUAUCGUCUUUGUCACUACAGCUGUUGACCUUAAAUAAAGAUUAGGUUGAUCUAGCACAACACUCUGUGUGUGCAUGUGCCUGUGCGCGUGUAUGUGUAUAAGGUUAUUGGAAAUACUGUUUGUUUCUGCAUAUAUUCAUUUUUAAUCCAUUCUUUAACUUUGUGGGGGGGGGUCAUGGAGGGUAGGAAAUAUUUUAUUUCUUGGAUUAAGUCUUCAAGGUAUUUCAUUAGUGUUCCUGAGUGUAAAAUAGGUUUUUCCCAAAUACUUAUGGCAGGUAAGAUCAUCUUUGUAAAUAAUAGAUUUGCACUGUUUUGGUAAAUUUGGCUUCAGUUAUUUUUUGGAUAGUUUCAUUGUCAUGUAAAGCAAAUAUCUCAGUUCAUUUUGCAUUUUUAGCGAAGGUGCAGGAUUUAUUUUUGGAGUUUGAGAGGAAUUUUCUUUGUCUUCCACCUUUCAAUAAAUACUAAAAUUG